AUGGCGGCUCCUCGAUCUCCCGUUAACCCAUCCAUUCCGGCAUAUCACGCAGCCGGGCCCCUCCUUGGCGAGGUCCAUUCCGGUGGGCAGCAAUAUCCUCUCCACCUGUCGAUGGCCUCGGGUGAUGGCGCUAUCGGAGGCGUCAUGGGCCAGAUGAAUGCCAUGUCUAUUGCCCAUGGCGGAGGAUUCCCUGGGCCGAUGACCCCUGCUUAUGUUUUCCCCGAUAGCCAUCACUCUGUUAUCGCUAAGCAGAUCCCAGCAGCAGUCGAUCAUGGCAUUGAUGAACUCCUCAAGCAGAGUCCAGCCAUUCCAAAGGCUGUUCCUGCAGUUUUCACACCCGCAAGCCAGAUCAAGACUCUAGAACAGAGUCUCGAGAAUAGAAUCACUGGCAAUCGGAAUGUGUAUAUUCGCGGGCUUCACCCGACUACCGACGAUGACCUGCUUCUCAAGUACACCCAGCGGUUUGGUGAAGUGGAGACCUCGAAGGCCAUCAUUGACACUGGGACGGGAGCUUGCAAGGGGUUUGGCUUUGCCAAGUUCCACCAUGCCCGAGAUUCCGAAAGGUGUAUCCGCGGCUUCCAUCGUCUUGGGUAUGAGGAAUCGUUUAAUUCCCGUCUCAAGGCUGAAGGGGAUGAAUCUUCGACCAAUCUUUACAUCUCCAAUCUGCCCAAGCAUAUGACUGAGCUCGUGCGUCUUCACACCUAUGAGGCCCUCUCUUCAUUGCCCCAAAUUCCCGAACUUUCGGCAAUUUUUGCCGGGUACACAAUCAUGUCGAGCAAAAUUCUCCGUGAUAGCAUGGGCAACAGCCGGGGUGUUGGCUUUGCGAGAUUCGAAAGCCGUGGAAUUUGCGACGAAAUCAUUAAGAGCUUCAACGGCCUAUCAAUCGCUAGCGAUGCCGGCAACUCUCCAAUGGUGAUGAACAUCCGUUAUGCCGACACCCCGGCCCAAAAAGAGUUGAAGCGGGUAACUGCGGAGCGGCGUCAGUUCCGAACGAACGAGUAUAACAUCGGCGCAUAUGGCACCCCCAUGGUGGAGAAGCAUGUCUCUGCUGGGUCUCCUAUGAAGGUUGAGGACGACAUCAAGGAGGAGGACGGCGACAGCGACGAGCUAAAGUCAGAUGGCCGCAAGGCCAUGGCUCCCUGGCAUGCCUUUACUGCAUUCCCGUUUGGCGCCAUGGCGAGCACAAAGGGCGUGAGUGGGAGGGCCACCGAUGAAGAGCACAUCUCCAACUCCAACUACAACGUUGACUACAUAAUUCAUUACAAGAUCCCCAAAGAUGAGCGAGCCGAAGCCGAGGCGGGAUAUGUCCAGCUCAUCGAGGCUCUUACGAGCGUUGGUCUUGCCUCCGAGGUGCGACCGGGAGACGAUACAUCCAUACUAGUCUUUGUCAAGAUGGCGUCCGAGGCUCUCCUCCGCGAGCAAGUCUUCCGAGCCCGUCUCCAGGAUUGGCUUCACGGCGUCCGCACGGCGGGGCCCGGGGCUGACUUGUCGCGGGCGUUGAUGGAAGAGCCCGUCAGCGAGGCGGAGAGGCUGAGGCUGAUUUACAUGACCAUUACGAAGCCGAGAAACGAAGGCGGCGCCGGCAUCACGCCCAAGAGCGGGCCGUGGAAAUACGUCGACUCGGUAUUUCCGCUGCACGACAGGCAUUUUAACCGUGAAUGGAUCAGGAAGUUGAGCACCAAGUACCUGUUGGAGCAGGCCGACCUGGACGAGAUCCGCAACAAGUUUGGCGAGAACGUGGCGCUCUACUUCGCCUUUGUGCAGAGCUACUUUCGCUUCCUCGUCUUCCCUGCCGCGUUUGGGUUCGGCGCCUGGCUCCUUCUGGGGCGGUUUUCCUUCCUCUACGCCCUGGCGAGCUGUCUCUGGUCCGUCGUGUUUUUCGAAUUCUGGAAGAAGAAGGAGGUUGAUCUCGCCUUCCAGUUUGACCACGAGACGGAGGAUGUCGUGACCGGGGAGCCUGUCAAGGUGUAUUCGCCCUUCAAGAGGCUCAAGACCCAGCUCCUCCAGAUACCCUUUACGGUUGCCUGCGUCGUCGUUCUCGGGGGCUUCAUCGUGGUGUGCAACUCUCUCGAAGUCUUUAUCAACGAAGUCUAUGACGGUCCCUUCAAAACCUAUCUGCCAUUCCUCCCCACGGUAUUGCUUGUCACGAUUCUGCCAGCGUUUUCUAGCGUCCUUACUGGCUUCGCUAGGAAGCUUACGGAUAUGGAGAACUACGAAACUGUCGAUGCCCACCACGCCGCGAUGGUGCAAAAGGAAUUUGUGCUCAACUUCAUCACCUCGUACAUGCCGCUCGCGUUUACGGCAUUCGUGUAUAUCCCGUUUGGGCAUGUGCUCACGCCGUACCUCGAUUUCUGGACGAGGGUUGCCCAAGGUCUUACCUUUGGCGAAAAGAAACUCAGCAUCCAAGAAUUCCGCAUCAACACGAGCCGGAUCACGAACCAAAUGUUUUACUUUACCGUGACGGCGCAAAUCGUCAACUUUUCCACCGAGGUCAUCGUUCCGUACCUCAAGCGCAAGGUGACGACCAAGGUGAAGGAGAAUGGCAUCGUUGGCAGGUCAGCCGAGAUCGCCGCCAAUGACGCUCCCGAGGAGGCCGACUUCCUCCGAAAGGUUCGUCGGGAGACGGAGUUGGAGAUGUACGACGUCACUACGGAUUACCGUGAAAUGGUUAUCCAGUUUGGCUAUCUGUCUCUCUACUCGGUGGCAUGGCCUCUUGCUGGUUGCAGCUUUCUCAUCAACAACUGGGUCGAGCUCAGGUCGGACGCUCUCAAGAUUGCCGCUGGUUCCCGGCGCCCUAUUCCGUGGAGAGCCGACUCUAUUGGGCCCUGGCUCAACGCUUUGGGAUUCCUAUCUUGGCUUGGGAGCUUGACCAGCUCGGCCAUUGUCUUCCUCUGCCGAGGUGAUUCCGACGGGACCAAGGGCGCCGCUUCCAACAUUCAAACCUGGGGUUUCCUCCUGACAAUCCUGCUUGCGGAGCACUUCUACCUCCUUGUGCAGAUCGCGGUGCGCUUCUUGAUGGACAAGAUUGACAGCCCGGGGCUUCAGCGAGAGAGGAAAGAGCGAUUCAACAUGAAGAAGCGUCUCCUGGUGGAAAACCUGGGCGAAAAUGCCGCGUUCCGGUCGGCGGCGCCCGGGAUCGAGUUGAGCGAGAAGCUGACGCGGACCGCUCUACGAGAGGAGUCUGAACAUGCGGACCACGCAUCUGCUGAAAAUAUGUUCUGGCAACGCCAGCAAGGCAUGGCGGAAACAAUUCAGGCCGGUCGGACCAUCAUUUCUCAGAUCGAUGCAGUGUCCCGGAAGCAGGAAUAG